GCCAAUUUUCAGAAUAAAUCUUUUUACUGUUUUAAUAUACUUUCAAAAAAGAUUUACCUGUUUGUUUUAGUUUACCUGAGACGGGGAUGUUGGUGAUUGAUGAAAAGGGGCGUUUUAACUAUAAGGCGGUUAUAGAUCACUCAUGGAUAUGCUAAUUCAUUAUAUUUUGCCUUCACUACGCUGCACUCAGUUUCGUAAGCCCUGGAGGGACAUUUUAGUUACUUCUUAUGACUUAUUUGUUUUUUACUUAUUACUUAUUUGUUAUUACUUAUUUGUUACGUACUUAAAACGUGGGAAUACAAAAUGGAGGAAGUGUCCAGCUUUAGGCACCCACUACUCAGUCAAAAACUCAGGCAUCUCCAUGUGUACCAAGGAUGCAUUUAAACGAUUUAAACAUUAAGAAAGAGUAAAGAAAUAGGAAAUGGGGCAUUUGGUACUGUAUAUGAAGGGCGUUGGAAUGGGACUAAAGUUGCUAUAAACGAGAUUGUUAUGAAGAGAAUGGAGAUUGCAAAACCAUUCAUUGACCGUGAACUUUGUGUACAUAGCAAGUUAAGGCAUCCAAAUAGUGUACUGCUGAUGGCGUAUGCCUUAGCAAGUGAUCAGCUAUAUCUGGUUUCUGAACUUAUUGAAGGAUGCAAAUUGGAUAACUUCUAUAAUGAAGAAAAUGCCAUGACUAUGUCAGUGAAGUUGACUGUUUUAUUAAAGGUAUCACAAGGCACUGUGCACUCACAAGAUCCAAAAAUCAUUCACAGGGAUAUAAAGCCGGAAAAUAUACUUGUUUCACAAAAUUUCCAUGUGGUAAAGUUACGUGACAUUGGUUUGAGCAAGCUCAGGAGCAUGAAUACUGUCAUGACAACUAUGGCUGGUGGGUCCUCACAGCCUGGCACUCCUGCUUGCAAGGCCUCCAGGGUGAUGCUAGAAAGAAGCAGCUCAAAUUUCAACAACAGAUGUGUGGAGGCUUGCGUGCACUUUGGUAGAAGUGAAGGUUGAAGUACCUGUCUGGAACCCCUCAGAGGACCAAGAGCAGUACAUAUUAAACAGAAUGAAAUUGAAGGCAAAACCUGGAUGAUUUAGAUUCAUUUGCAAACAUUGCUGAUGUUGAUGAUAUCAUGAGGAAAAUCUACAACCAUCUUGGAUAAGGGGUUUAGUUACAGUGCUAGUGACAGACCACAUACACUUGAAAUAGUUGAUUGUUUUCAUUGUUUGAUGUUAGACCAAAAUUAAAGAUACUGUUGAAACAGGUGUAAAACCCCAAGAAAAAAUGAUAGUUGUCGAGAGUAGCACUCAUUUUUGAACUUAAUAUGCAUAGCGUUAAAUAAUGUUGAGUGAAAUUAUGAACUUGGGAUGUUAUUUUGUUUAUUGUAGUGAAUUAUGUUAUCAUUAGUCAUCUUAAAAUAUUAGAUAAAAAUUUAUAUUUUGGCUGUGAACUUCUACGGACCAGUGACAAUUUUAACAAUUAAUGAUAUAUUGGUAACACUAUAUAGAGCCUGUCAAAACGUUUUUCUGUUACAUGAGUGUGUAUGAUAACGGCUUCUUAUGUAAAAGAACUGUGUGUUUAAUCGUAUUCAUGUUUAUAUACAGACACAUAGCAGCAGAAAGCGCUGCUCUGUUUGGAUAACUCAGAGAGAAUAUCCAUCGUUUCAUACAUAAUUGUUCAUUGGUUUUGUAUCUAUUUUAACUUAAUAAGUGGAUUGAGGAAUUUUUCAGGGAAACAUACAGUUAAAUGCUGCUUUUUAGCAAUUAGUAUCGGUGGGUUGUCCGGCGUCCAUCGUCCGUCGUCCAUUGCGCAUCGUCCAUCGUGAACAUUUCAUUUAGAUGUCUUCUUCUUAGAAACUACAAACCAGAUAUAAACCAACCUUGGUCUGUAGCAUCCUUACAUUGACCUCUUUCAAAAAGCAGGAAAUGGUUUCGGCCCACAGCACACCUGGACCACUGUAACUAAAGAAGAUAAACAUUUGAAUGGCUUUUUCUCAUGAACCAAUGUAUGCAGUGUGUGCAAACUGGGUUUGCAGCAUCUUUCAAACACCAGGAGAUGGUUCAGGUCCACUGCACAUAGGGGCUGCUGUUACUAAACCUUUAAUGUAGAAAAACUAUUAAAUGGUUUCUGCUCGGGAACCAGUGUAUGUACUGUCUCAAAACGUGGUCUGAAACAUCACAUCCCAACAUUGACUUCUUUCUAAACACAGGAAAUAAUUAUCUGCACACUAAAGUACAUACUUUACUACAAUAAUUCAGUACAUACAGUUGCCAUUGUAUGCUAUGGUGCAUAUAGUAUUCUAUGGUAACAGUAGAAUCAGUAUACUUCUCUUGACAGGGCACAUGUGCUGAACAUACAUGUACCGUAUACUAUAGCAGACACAACAUAUGGCAUUGCAUACAAUAUAAUUCAGUACAUACAGUAAACUAUAGUAGAUAAAGUACACUAUCUUCAGUGUAUACUAAAUAUAUUACUGUACAAACAGUAUACUAUGAUAUAUUCUGUUGGUAUUCUUCAGUACAUAAAAUGUCCAGAAGUACAAUUAUUCUACAGUAGACUCUAUAGAAUGCAGUAUACUUUAGUAACUACUGGAUGUACUGCUCAA